UUAAUUUCAACCUUAAUUGUUUCUUGAUAAAAUAUUCUUAAAUAUUGUUUCUUCUUUGUUUUCUCUAUUUUUCAUUUCCUUCUUCAUUGUGAUUAUUGUUUAUUCUAAUUGUUUUCUUUGUUAUUAUGCAUAAUAAAUAAAAUUACAAGAAGAAAAAGAUAUAUAAGAAAAUGAGAGAAAUUAUAAGCAUUCAUAUUGGACAAGCUGGAAUUCAGGUUGGUAAUUCAUGUUGGGAGUUAUAUUGUCUUGAACAUGGCAUUCAACCUGAUGGAACAAUGCCCAGUGAUGCCUCUAAUGAGACAACACAUGAUGAUGCAUUUAACACAUUCUUUAGUGAAAUUGGAACUGGCCAAUAUGUUCCAAGGGCUUUACUUGUUGAUCUAGAGCCUACUGUUAUUGAUGAAAUUAGAACCGGUUCUUAUCGACAACUCUUUCAUCCAGAACAAUUAAUUUCUGGAAAAGAAGAUGCUGCCAAUAAUUUUGCAAGAGGACAUUAUACAGUUGGAAAACAAGUUGAAGAACUAUGCCUCGACCGCAUUCGAAAACUUGCAGACAAUUGCACUGGAUUGCAAGGAUUCUUGGUUUUCAAUGCUGUUGGUGGUGGAACUGGUUCUGGUUUGGGAUCAUUACUUCUUGAGAGAUUGUCUGUAGAUUAUGGAAAAAAGUCAAAACUUGGCUUCAUCAUUUAUCCUUCUCCUCAGGUAUCAACUGCAGUUGUUGAACCAUACAAUACUGUCCUUUCAAACCAUUCACACAUUGAACAUAGUGAUGUAGUUGUUCUUCUAGACAAUGAAGCAAUAUAUGACAUCUGCAGAAGAUCAUUAGACAUAGAAAGACCAACAUACACUAACUUAAACCGAUUAAUAUCGCAAAGUAUAUCGUCUUUAACAACUUCAUUGAGAUUCGAUGGCGCAAUGAACGUUGAUAUUUCUGAAUUCCAAACUAAUUUAGUUCCAUAUCCUCGAAUCCAUUUCAUGCUUUCAUCUUAUGCACCUGUUAUAUCAUCUGCCAAGGCUUUUCAUGAACAGUUAUCAGUUCCUGAGAUCACUAGAGCUGUUUUUGAGCCUUCUAGUAUGAUGGUUAAGUGUGAUCCAAGACAUGGGAAGUAUAUGGCUUGUUGUUUGAUGUAUCGUGGCGAUAUCGUUCCGAAAGAUGUUAAUCUUGCUGUUUCAAGUAUCAAGACUAAGAGGACAGUUCAAUUUGUUGACUGGUGUCCAACUGGAUUCAAGUGUGGAAUAAACUACCAACCACCAACAGUUGUACCAGGAGGCGAUCUAGCAAAGGUGAGGAGAGCAGUUUGUAUGAUAAGCAACAACACAGCUGUAUCUGAGGUAUUUUCAAGAAUUGAUCACAAAUUUGAUCUCAUGUAUGCAAAAAGAGCAUUUGUUCAUUGGUAUGUGAGUGAAGGAAUGGAAGAAGGUGAAUUCUCAGAAGCUAGGGAGAAUCUUGCUGCUCUUGAAAAGGAUUAUGAUGAAGUUGGUGAGGAUGGUGUAGAUGAAGGUGUAGAAGAUUAUUGAAAAGGAUUAAUGUAUUUAUUUAUUAUCAUCAACUUUAUAUGUAUCUAUAUUUCUAUAUGUUGUAUUGAUGUGUCAUGUAUGUAUUUUCUCAUGAUUGUUUCAAAUUUAAAAAGUAUGAAAGAAUUGUUGUGUUUGUAAUUCAUGUAUAAAAAUGAAAGUAGUGUAAUUGUUAUUUUUCCA